AAGCAUGCUGGGCGGCGCUGGAGGAGGCGGCUCGGGGCAGCAGCACGACGAGCAGGAGCAGAAGAUGGCGCAGCAGGAAGAGAUGAAGCGACAGGCGCUCAGCACCAUUCUCGACGCCGACGCCAGAGAUAGAUUAUCGCGCAUCUCGCUCGUCAAGCCCGAAAAGGCGCGGGCGAUCCAGGACCUGUUGAUCCGCAUGGCCCAGUCCGGACAGGUCCGGCAGCGCGUCACGGAGCAGCAGCUCAUCGGGCUGCUUGACCAGGUUGAAGGUAACUCGGCAGAUGGCUCAGGCACAGCGAGCAAGAUUACUUACACGAGAAAGAAGACGGCGAUGGACGAUGACGACGACUUUGACCUGUAGCAGCACAUAUCAAUUUUCAUCGAAUCAUGCAGAGCUCGAGCCCGUCUUUGUCGCCGCCGCGUGAGCCUAUCGAGAGUGCGAGCAGAGCAGCGUUGGCCGGGUUGAUUGCCACGCAG